CUGGAGCGCAGCACUCGGCGGAGGGAAGCGGCGCGCCAGGAUGCGGCUCUGGAGCUCUGCGCUGUUCAGGGAGCUGCUGCGGCUCAGCCAGCCCGCUGGGGCCGGAGGCUCCGCGCUCAGGCGCCCGCCAGCCCCUUUCGCUGCGGCCGCCUGGGGCACCGGCUCGCUCCCCACCCCCCGGCCGGGGCUGCUGCUGCCGCCACCGCCCCCCGCCCGCAGCGUCUGCACCCGCUCGGAGGGGGCCGUGCAGGAGCCCGGCAAGGGGCCGGCGCUGUCCGCCAGGGCGCCGCCCGCCGAGAGCGGCAACAGCGACAACCAUAGCGGCGGCCAGGAGCUAGCCGGAGGCGGGGGGGACAAGGCGAAAGCAGAUACAUGCUGCAGCCGCGCCGAGAGAAAUAUUGCAGUGUACAUCCGUAGCAGUAAGAUGAAGCAAGGUCUCUUACCUAGCUUGGAAGAUUUGCUGUUCUAUACUAUUGCAGAAGGGCAAGAAAAAAUUCCAGUUCAUAAGUUCAUUACUGCACUCAAAUCUACAGGAUUGCGCACGUCUGAUCCACGGUUGAAAGAGUGCAUGGAUAUGUUAAGACUGACUCUUCAAACGACUUCAGAUGGCGUCAUGCUGGACAAAGAGUUGUUUAAAAAGUGUGUACAAAGCAAUAUUGUAUUGCUUACUCAGGCCUUCAGGCGAAAGUUCGUCAUUCCAGAUUUUAUGUCGUUUACUUCACACAUUGAUGAGCUGUAUGAAAGUGCUAAAAAACAAUCUGGAGGACAGGUUGCUGACUAUAUUCCACAACUGGCCAAGUUCAGCCCUGAUUUGUGGGGAGUGUCACUUUGCACAGUGGAUGGACAGAGGCAUUCUGUUGGAGAUACCAAAGUACCCUUUUGUCUUCAGUCCUGUGUAAAGCCUUUGAAAUAUGCUGUUGCUGUUAAUGACCUUGGCACAGAGUAUGUGCACAGAUAUGUUGGUAAAGAGCCUAGUGGGUUAAGAUUCAACAAACUGUUCCUGAAUGAAGAUGACAAGCCUCACAAUCCUAUGGUGAAUGCUGGAGCAAUUGUGGUCACUUCCUUAAUCAAGCAAGGAGCAAAUAAUGCAGAAAAAUUUGACUAUAUGAUGCAGUUUAUGAAUAAUAUGGCUGGUAACGAAUAUGUUGGAUUCAGUAAUGCCACGUUCCAGUCUGAAAGAGAGAGUGGAGAUCGAAAUUUUGCAAUUGGCUACUAUCUGAAAGAAAAGAAGUGUUUUCCAGAAGGCACAGACAUGGUUGCUAUAUUAGACUUCUACUUUCAGCUAUGUUCUAUCGAAGUGACCUGUGAAUCGGCUAGUGUGAUGGCAGCAACUCUGGCUAAUGGUGGCUUUUGCCCAAUUACUGGUGAAAGAGUAAUGAGCCCUGAAUCAGUCCGGAAUACCUUGAGUCUAAUGCAUUCUUGUGGCAUGUAUGACUUCUCAGGACAGUUUGCCUUCCAUGUUGGUCUUCCUGCAAAAUCUGGAGUUGCUGGUGGCAUUCUUCUGGUUGUUCCUAAUGUUAUGGGUCUGAUGUGCUGGUCACCUCCUUUGGACAAAAUGGGCAACAGCGUUAAAGGGAUUCACUUCUGUCAUGAACUGGUUUCUUUGUGCAAUUUCCAUAAUUAUGAUAACUUGAGGCACUUUGCAAAGAAGCUUGAUCCUCGCAGAGAAGGUGGUGAUCAGCGGCAUUCCUUUGGACCGUUGGACUAUGAAAGUCUCCAGCAAGAACUUGCUUUGAAAGGCACAGUGUGGAAAAAAGUGUCACCUGAGUCAAACGAGGACAUCUCCAGAACCAUAGUGUAUAGAAUGGAAAGUCUGGGAGAGCAAAACUAAAGAAAUGGGUUAUAGCUUCAUAAAGUUCUUCAUUUUAAAAGCCCUCAAGCAUCUCUAGAUUAAACAACUUCAGUUGUUUUGUUUCCUUGAUAUUUUUGGUUUAUAUAUAAACUUUUUUCUUUUAAUAUUGUGUAAAUACUGUAUAUGCUAUACCAAAAAUAGAAUAUUGACAUUUUUAAAAAAAUCUGUCAACCAGAUUUCAUGGUUCCUUAAAGUAAAUUUACUUUAAACUGAAAAAUCUGAAUGUUUUAAAGGAUAACUCCUUUGCUAUAUUUGAGAAUUUAUACAUUAAUUAAAUGUGGACUUUAUGGAGCUGUGAGAAGAUUUUGUAAUGAGUCCUCUUACUAGAUCUGGAACAUAGAGAAAUGCAAGUAGUAUUUCUAGAACAUAAAGUAAAACAGUACACCAAAAUAAAGUAAGAUGACAAAUCCCCAGAUAGGUAUACUUGAAAGAGAAACAGUUUGAGAGCCUUGACAUUAUUAGCACCUAUCUUUUUGUUUCACACACACUUACAAAAGGUAUUUAGCAUAAACAGAUCAUUUUGAUACACCAUGUUAGCAAAUACAAGCAAAGUAAAUUACCAAAUCGUAUUCUUUUUAUAAUCAAAUCAUUUUAAAUUAAGCAUGUUAAUAUUCAAUUAAUAGAUGAGCAAGUAGCUUUGUCGCUUGCAAAGCUUCUCUAAUUGCAUAGUUAGCUGAGUUAGGAAGAGAAGGAUUUCUUACUGAAGUAUUGUAAGUGGUCCAUAGGAGCUGUCCUGCUAGCUGUGACUCAGUCUGCCAUACUAAUAAUACUACACUCCACUUUUAUUUUUAAGAAUAUAAGCAAUCUUAGUUUUCGAGGGAUAGAGUGAAGAGAAAAUAUAUUCAAAGUAAAAAAGAAAAAUUGGUAAUGAUUAUUAACUGUUUAAAAAGUCUUACUGAAUGCAAAUGAAAGUACUUCAGUUGUUCUAGCCGUAUUGGUCCCAGGAUAUGAGAGACACAAGGCGGUGAAGUAAUAUCUUUUAUUGGACCAACAUCUGUUGGUGGAAAAAGCAAGCUUUUGAGCUACAUAGAGCUCUUUUUCUUUUGCCAGUCCUGCAGAGAGCUAUGUGACAUUUGAAAGCUUGUUCUUUCCAACAGAUGUUGGUCCAAUAAAAGAUAAUACAUCACCUACCUUGUCUUGCUCUGAAUUAAUUUUACCAGUUAUAUCUUUUAUCUCUAUUAUAUAUGUACUCUCACACAUACACAUAAUAUAAUUUUAGAAGUUAAUAGAAAUAGUUUCCCCCCUCUCUUUUUGUUUUUAUUUAUCUACUUUGAACCUUUGUUUAGUCCUUCCCUACUACCAACAUUUCUGUCUUUUUACAGCAAAUUAUCAGCACGUUAGUCUCAAAUAAUGCACUGUUCACACUGUGGAACAGUUUGAUCUGGUAUGAAACGGUCAGCAUAAAUCUUAGAAGUAGGUUCUGUCAAACAAUUAAAAUUAAUCAUGAGAUUAUUAAAAAAAAUCAUGAUUAGUUUUAAUCACACUAUUAAUAGAAUCCCAUUUAUUCGAAUAUUUUUGGAUGUUUUCUACUUUUUCAAAUACAUUUCAAUUACAACACAGAAUACCAAGUGUACAGUGCUUGCUUUAUAUUUUAUUACAAAUUUUUACAUGGUAAAAAAAGAUAAAAGAAAUAGUAUUUUUCAAUUCCCCUCAUACAAGGACUGCAGUGCAGUUUCUUUAUCAUGAAAGUGCAACUUACAAAUGUAGAAUUGUUUGUUACAUAAGUACACUCAAAAACAAAGCAAUAUAAAACUUUAGAGCCUAUAAGUCCACCCAGUCCUACUUCUCAUUCAGCCAAUCGCUAAGACAAAUAAGUUUUAUUUUUACAGGAGAUAAUGUUGCUUGCUUCUUAUUUACAAUGUCACUUCAAAGUGAGAACAGGUAUUUGCAUGGCAUCGUUGUAGCAAGCAUUGUUGUGCCAGGUAUGCUAAACAUUCGUAUGCCUCUUCAUGCUUCAUCAGCAUGGAAGCAUGUCAUCUGGAAUGGUGGCCGAAGCAUGAAGGGGUAUAAGAGUGUUUAGCAUAACUGAAAUCAAUAUAUUUGAAAAUAUAGAAAAACAUCCACAAAUAUUUAUAAUAGAUUUAAAUGGGUAUCGCAAUUAUUAUUUUAGUUAAUUUGUUUUGAGUUAAUUGCUUGAGUUAACUGCAAUUAAUUGACAGCUCAACUUAGAAGUAGUUCCAACUACGUAGGUAAUAUUAUACAGGGAAGCCAGUAUUUUCUGAAAUUUAGAGGCCAAAUGCAUAGCCAUUUUAUGUUGCUUAUUGAUGCUGAUUUUUUCUUCACUCCUUAUAUAGUUGACCUUGUUGCCUUUGUCUCUAGCUGAUUAUGCUUUGUUCCACGGCCCCUUCCACUUAACCACCAUACAAAGGCCUAAUUUAUUGUUAAUUCCGAAGGUCUGCACAAGUAACUUCUGAUCAGAUCUCUUUUUAAGAGCUAUUGGUAUAGUAUUUUCAUAAAGGUCUCAAACUACAUAUGUAAUUUUCUCUUGGACAGAAAAGUAUAUAAAUAUAUACACUAAAGCUAUGUCUGUAUUAAACACCACUCAGCAACAUGUAGAGCACGUGCCCAUGUAGGCCCCCUAGCAUGAGUGCAAAGAUAAUAGUGUAGCUGGUGAGUCAUAGCUUAGACUAGUAGAGGAAAGAUGGGGUGAAAGGUAUGGGUAUGUAUGCGAGUGCAUACUCUGCUUGCCCAACCCGUGCCUCCCUGUCUGCAUUGAUAUUGUUAGCAGUGUAGGGUCCUGCUGCCUCCUUGAUGCCAAAGCCUUUCCCCUCUGCAAGAAAAGACUCCCUCAUUGGGGCAGACUGUGGCAGGGAGGAAGCUUGGGCAGUUCCCCAGUGUAGAGCUUGUCCACAGCAUAUGGAAACGCUCUGCCAGCACCAGCUGUUGGAGCUUUCUUCUGCAACAUGGAAAUACUUUAGCAGUGAGGAAGAGCUGAGCCUUUCCCAGUUUUCCCCUUGCCAGAGCAUUUUCCUCUCCAUAGUGAAAGGCUCUGGCAGUGGGGAACUUCUGAAGCCUUUUCUGUCCCACUUCUGCCAGAGCCUGUCACUGAGUUGUGUAGCUAUACACCACAGUGUGGGCACAGCCUACUUUUUACUGUGGCAUGUAGCUACAUAUGCUCUAUACGCUGCUGGAAGUGGUGUGUCGUGUAGACAUAGCCUGAAUCAUUAAAAGGAAGGGAUAGACUGUAAAACAACUUGGGAACUUAUAAAACAGGAAAAUGCAUAAAGCAAGAUGUCCAGUGAAUGGUGAUGAGGAACCCCAUCUUGACCAUACCAGUUAAGGAUUGAUUAUAGCUAACAAGUACAUGUCUCACAAAAAUGUAGAAGUGCUAUUUAAGAUGUUAUAUAAACAAGUACUGUUGCAAGUGAAUCCAAGUGAUCUUGUAGCAAUACAUUAUAUUUUUUAUAAUUAUUGUGGCUAUUCGCAUUUGAAGCAUACGAUUAUAGAGUUGCUUAGGCAAGCCUUUUCACAAAAUUAACAUACUAUGGACUUUUGAGAUCCUAGUACAAUAAUGCAGCAGGUACUGUUAAUUGCACUUCAGAACAAUGGCAUAAAUUACUGAAUGAAAACUCAGCAUAUAAUUUUAUCCCAGUUGUUUUGCUUACAUUUUUUUCAGGGUUAUAGUGAAGUAAGAGCAAGGGAAGGUUAGUGAAGGUCUUUAAAUGUCCUUGAAAUCAACAGUUCUACAUGAAUAAGAAAGCUAAGGUAAAACAGUAGUCACUGAGAUACUGCAAGCAAAACUCUGCAUGUGCACAUCUCAGAUGUGCUCAAUUGCUGUAUUUGAUUAAUUUGCAUUGAACAUUCAGAGGGAUUGCAGGUUGGAGCCUAUGCUUCUGUGCUCCCUAGUGAAAGAACUCAUAUUGCUGAAUGUUUUUGAAAACGAAGGUGUACCUGUGUGGGGCAGGGUUACUUAAUAUAGCUCUCAAUGCAUUCUUUGCUGAUUUCACAUUAUUUGGAACUAAUUUUAAAACUAGCUGAAGUUGGAGAAAUUGUUUCUGUGGGAUUCAGAUCUUAAAAUAGUAACCCACAGAGCUUUAAAUAUUUAGAUAUGUAAAUUAUACAUGGAGUUUUGAGAAGAGGAGGCAAGUCAUAGGUGGUAAAUGUGACAGAAUUCAAAAAGUGAUUAUCCAUUUAUAUGGAUAACAAGAAAUCCAGAGGAGCUGUUUUUUAGUUUUUGUUAAAGUUUUGGAAGGGAUAUAAGCCAACCUCUAACUAUUGUGGAUAAGUUGGAAACUUUUUCCUUUGGGCCAGUUUAUCCCAUAACGUGCCCUCUCUACAAUUUCUUGCUUCUCCUCAAAAGCUUCUGUUAUUGGUGACUGUUGGUGAUAGGUUACACAACUGGUUGGAUCAUGGCCUGAUCCACUAUUGCAAUUCCUAUACAUUUACAUGUAUGUUUAGUGAAUAGGGUCCUAAAGAAUGUUGUGGUAGGGGCUAAUUAUUAAAUGUUUUUAUUGAAGAUAGUUUUUAAUACAUAAAGGAUUUAGUGUUCAUCUGCGUUAUGAUAAUACUAGUUCUUGAUAUUCAAGCAUCUGUGCUGUUUUUUUCUUUUGUCAGCAUCAUUAACAUUUCAUUGGAAAUGUAAAUACUUUUAUAAACUUCAUUUUAGCAUUUGUGUUAUACCUUUUGGCUCAGUUCUUUAAGUUACUUGUCUUUUCCAUUUUUCUUUUGCAUUGUAUGUUUAUGUAUGUUGUCCAGGAUUAUUUUUGUAUUGUGUAAUAAAUUUAUUUUAAGCCGA